CGAGGAAGACCACCAAAAUCACAGACCAGAGGAAGGGGAAGAGGUGCCGCCGGGGCAAACGGCUACCAAAACUACCAAAGGGAUCCACUCACUCGGAGACUGAACAGGAGCUAAAUGUCAUCAAUCUGUCUGCCAAGAGGGACAACAGAGAUGAUGACUGCGACACCACGCCCCUCCCUCGAAACGGACACACAAGCGCCUCUUGAACAGACCCCAACUGACGCAAGAUCUCGAUUCAGAGGUAAAUCUCACUUCAUACCUCCCAAACACAGAAAUCCUUCCCUGGAUACAUAUUGCAGACUAGUCGAGCAGGAAGUAACAACAGCUAUGCGAAAGAAAAGGGAAUACAAAGUUUGGAACAAUCUGACCCUGAAGCAAAGACAAGAAUUGAGCACUUUACAAAAAGAUGGAGAAUUAAUUAUUCAGAAUGCGGACAAAGGUGGAGCGGUGAUCCUUUUAAAACGAGAGUCAUAUGAGAGAGAAAUACAAACCCAGUUGAAAAAUACUAAAUUUUACAGAAAGUUGGACUCUAAUCCCACCCUGAAAUUCAAGAACCUUGUACACGAGAAAUUAAACCAGCUAAUGGAAAUGGGACAUAUAACCAAAAAUGAAUAUGCAUAUAUGAAGGUGGAUUAUCCCAUCACUCCAGUUUUCUACACCCUGCCUAAAAUUCACAAACAAUUCAUAGAUACACCACCGGGACGACCAAUAGUGGCGGCAAUUGGCUCCCUGACGGAGAAAAUAUCAGCUUUUGUGGACCACACUUUACAAUCACUGGUCAUUUCUCUCCCCUCUUAUGUGAAAGACUCAAUGGACUUUAUUAAAAUGAUCCAGUCUGUACAACUGAAAGACUCUCCACAACUCCUUGUCACAAUGGACAUUGAGUCGUUAUACACCAAUGUCCCUUUUGAUGGUGGUCUACAAGCGAUAAAAUCUUUUUUAGAAAAAAGACCCAGUAAUACUCCUACAACCGAAUGUCUCUUGGAUUUGACUGAAUGUGUCCUGUCAUAUAAUUAUUUCCUAUUUGGUUCUGACUUCCAUCUUCAGAUCUCAGGGGUGGCAAUGGGAUCGAAAAUGUCACCCAGCUUUGCAUCACUCUAUGUGGGACUCUUCGAAUCCGAUGUGAUCUUCAAUACACAAAGAAACCCUUUUGUACAGAACAUAUCUUACUGGAAACGCUACCUGGACGACAUCUUCUUCAUAUGGGAUGGUGAUGAGAACCAGCUACAAGAAUUCCAUACAUAUAUGGGUGAGAAUAAUCAACACCUGAAAUUUACUAUGUCUGUGGAUAAAACAAAAAUGAACUUUUUGGACAUUCUAGUAAUGAGGGAAGGAAAUGAGCUAAAAACAAACUUAUAUCGCAAGAGCACAGAUAGAAACUCUCUGCUCCAUGCGGAAUCAUAUCACCCAACAUCUCUAAAGAAAAACCUUCCCAUAUCACAGUUUAGUAGAAUCAGGAGAAUUUGUAGCUCACAGGAUGACUAUCAAUCUCAAGCAACCAUUCUGAAACACAGGUUUAAAGCAAGGGGCUACCAAGAUCAAUGGAUUGAAGAGGCUGCUGACCGGUUUAACAACAUGUCCCAAGAGCAAUGCCUGACUAGGAGAACAAAAAACAAUAAAACAAUGGAAUCCAGAAUAUCAUAUUGUGUAUAA